UCUCCCUCUCUCCCUCCCUCCCUCCCCCUCCGGCUUCAGAAGCAGCCGCGGCCAGACGUGCCUGAAGUCAGUCACGGGGCGGAUCGGAUCGCUCUGUCCUCCGUCCGCACCAAAGGAGGAGAAGGAGGCGCUGCAGAGACGCGCCGCAAAGGCUCUCCCACCUGAAGCACAGACAGAACUCGCCUCUCCUUUUGACCCAGAGAGAGAGAGAGAGAGAGAGAGAGGAGAACCACCAGAGGAGAAAGUCCUGUUAGGAAAAAAAGGAAAGCCGACUCAGAGAGGGAGAGAGAGACCCAAAGCGGGAUCUUGGAGACUUCGGCUCCAUCCUUAGAGGAAAACAGCUCACCGGUUACCAAAGAAGCGCAAAGGGUCUAGGAGGGAGAAGGAUAGAAAGGAAGAAGAGACAACCUUAAGAAGAGGAAGGAGAAGCCACCCAGUUGGCCAUGGAAAGGAUCCCCAGCGCCCAACCUCCUCCUCCUCCAGCACCGCCUUGCUUGGGCAAGCUGGCCACGUUGGAGGGCAACGAGAUGCCAGGGUUGGACUUUGCUCACAUGUACCAAGUUUAUAAACCCCGGAGAGGGUUAAAAAGAGGUGAAGACAGCAAGGAGACCUACAAGUUACCCCACCGGCUGAUCGAAAAGAAAAGACGAGAUCGGAUUAAUGAAUGCAUUGCCCAGCUGAAAGAUCUGUUACCAGAACAUCUCAAACUUACAACAUUAGGACAUUUGGAAAAAGCCGUUGUUCUUGAACUUACCUUGAAGCAUGUUAAAGCACUAACCAGCCGCAUUGAGCAACAGCAGCAACAGAUUCUUGCUCUCCAGAAAGGUUUACAUGCUGAUGAGCUGCCACCUAGGAGCCUUGAUUCUAGCCAGGAGGUGUUUCGAUCUGGUUUCCAGAUGUGUGCCAAAGAAGUGCUGCAAUACGUGGCCAAACAUGAGAAUGCCAAGGAACUGAAAUCUUCCCAGCUCAUAAGCCACCUACACAGAGUGGCCUCCGAGGUUUUGCAGGUUGGCGUUGGCAGAAAGCCAGGAGACGCUGCUCCCAGACCCACGGACCUGAAGGAAAAGUCUGGCUCUCUGACCAAAACUGCUGAAGCUCAUGGAAAAAAUUGUGUGCCUGUGAUUCAGAGGACUUUUGCCCACUCCAGUGGUGAGCAGAGUGGUAGUGACACAGAUACAGACAGUGGAUAUGGGGGAGAACUAGAAAAAAAUGACUCCAAAUCCGAUGCGCAGUAUUUUAAGAAGGACUCUGACCUCAAGUAUGGUGUCCAAGAGAGAAUCGGUUCUAUCAAGCAAGAGAGUGAGGACCCACCUGCCAAAAGGACCAGGAUAGAAAUGUCAGAGGAUGAAGACCACUUUAGCAGUGAUAUGCUGGGCUCUCCUUCUAGCAGUUUCUUGGGUCCUCAUCCCCACCAGCCACCUCUGUGCCUGCCUUUCUAUUUGAUUCCUCCCUCAGCAACAGCCUAUCUACCUAUGCUGGAAAAGUGUUGGUACCCAGCCUCCGUACCGAUCUUGUAUCCCAGCCUCCCAACUUCCAGUGCAGCACUUUCAGGGCUAAUGAGCCCAGAGAAAAUGCCGUCUCCUUUACUAAUGCCUCAGCGGCUCCCUUCUCCAGUCCCAUCUCAUUCCCCCAUGGACUCUACUGCUCUGCUUCAAGCUUUGAAGCAGAUGGCUCCUUUGAAUUUGGAAACCAAAGACUAAACAUGAAGUGACUUUCUCUUGAGAUGUUCUUUUUUUCUUCCUACUUGGUUGAGUGUGAGGUUAUUUCAGGGUCUCUCCCAACAUCUUCAAACUGGCUGAAUUGAGAAGUAGGGAAGAUCAUUGGUUAUAUAUGUCUGGGGAAUCCAUGUCCUCCUUCACUUUGGCUUUCCAAGAAAUUUAGGAAAGCCCUCAAAAUUUCACCCAAGGUAGGGGAACUAAAGAGAGGUUUGGGGGAGGGGGGUAAUUUAAUAUUUUUGAAGUGCUUUGUACUUUUUACCAUCUACAGUAUGACACCUGACUUAGGAAGUUGGCUAGGAAUAUGUUUAAAUGAAAACGAGGCAGACUUACCGUCUGUGAGAAUAAAAGCAUGGUACUUCUGAUGAUUUUUCAGCGUAAUGCCUAGAGAGCCAAGAGAGUGAGUCAAAGAAUUUGGCUUCCCCAUCUUGCUGCUGCCAAUAUUUGAGAUCUCUGACUGAAAAUAUACACAGAGAUUUGCAUACACACAAACACGCAGAUUUCUAGCUAGCUAUUGAAGUAUUGGCAAAUAACUGUGCCGUCACAGGUUGGUAAAGCACUGUAAAUAAUUUGGGGAUCUUGGUUUCUCAUCUUGUUUCUACUGAUUGCACAUAGAGUUACUUUUUAAAUGCUGCCUAGAAAUUAAAUGUAGCUUGAGCUGCUAGGUAGAGAUUUGGUAUGGGCAUUCUAUGGCUAUGGCCCAUGCUUCCCUGUCCCUCACAUUGGACAUUGCUUCUCAAAGCUGCUAGAGAUGAAGUUCUUCUGGGGAAAUUGGAAUGUCUAAAGAGACAAGUCCAGGCCUGGGCGAGACAGCAGACUUGACUACUGCAAGAUAGUAUCAGAUGGAAUGGCUCUCCACUGGCUUUUUGUUUCCUGUUGUUGCUGUCUCUGAAGACAACUCAGCCUGAUGUCUGUUAUGUAAGAGUCUCAUAUCCAAGUUGUGUGCAGUGUUCUUCUUCCGAAUACUCCUGCAAUCUGCUGUCUCAACUAAACAGCAGAAUAUUUGUUACAAUUGACACAGUGAAGAUUUUAGACAGGUCUUAUAGAGCCAGUGGCAGCUCAUAGCAAGACUAAGGAAGUACCUGAAGCCAAUGAAUGCUAGGGAAUCCCAGACAACCCCUGAUUUUCUCUUCUUUGCCUGAAGCUCAAGAGUGUGGAUCACGUAGCACUUCCACACCACCAAAGCAGGAGGUAGUGGCAAAGGCUGGGUAUAGCAGGCCCGGGAGGACACCCAAAUACUCAAAAUAACACUCCCAACUUUGAUAAACCUCAUUUCUGGUUGAAACUCAAGCACUUUCCCCUUAAAAAUAGAGACAGGAAAGCUGAGCUUGUAUCUUCUUUUCAUGAUCCCCUGCUGAGGCUGGUCCCUGAAGAUUAAGGAUUGACAUGGAGGCUGUGCAAGCAAUAUUUUCUCAGUGAGAGGGAAAUGUGUCUCUUUGCUAGUUGACAAUGCUACAGUCGUCCCUUUAUGGGCUCCCAUUACGGAGAUCAGAGCUGUUGUUUUGGCGAAUCAUAAUCCUGCAAUGAAAUAUUAAAAACCCCUGUGGCCUGAGGGUCCAGCAUGGUUGGUGGAGUUUGCCCAACUGAGUGCCAGAUUUCACUUGACAGUGAAGGGGUGCCCUUCUUUCCACGAGACAUUUUCUGUUGGAUGAUUAUACACCAAAGCACCAAGAAACCUAAGCAGCCAUCAUCUGGAAGAACCCUCCAUAUCUACCCUAGACUUGACACAUAACACAGCAUCCGAUUUGGGCUGCUUAAAAAUCCAUGUCAAAUGGUGGUGUCAUCUUGUAGUUUUGAAAAAUCCAUACAACUGUCCUAUGAUCAAUCUUUGCGCUAUUGCACCAACUCUUAGAAUGCACUAUGCUCAAUUGCAGAUUGUGUUUGACCAUUUAUUUUAUUGCUGGUUUUGAAAGAUAUUUUUUGUACACAGUUGUUGCCUUUAUUUGUAAUAUCUGUUUUAAUUAUAAAUGUGUACAUAUAAAUAUAUGGAUAUGUAAAAUAAACUGUUUCAGAAGUCUAUUGUUUGUAAAACUACUUGAGUACAAAGAAAGUGGGAAAUAUGAAUGUAUUCCUGUUUCUUUUUAACGAGGAGAAGAAUUUGUUCUUCCUCUAGGGAGAAGUAAAGUGUCUAUAUUUUUGGAACCUUCUUGAAGGUUGGGAUAUUGUAAAUAUUUUUAUCAGAGUCAAUGUUAAGUAGUUGUUUUAAAAAAAUAAUAAAAUUAUUUUCCUGUGGAA